AGCAUAAUAUGAUAUAUCCAAAUAAUACCCACUUUUGCUUAAUUACACCCUCUUUGGUUUUUGUUUUUGUUUUCCCUCUUCUUCCUCGUUGUUGUUGUUAUUGCUGUUGCUAACUUCUCUAUCUAAAGGUCCUCACUUUCUCUCCCUAGAAAAUUUUUUCCUGUUCUGGGUCGGUGAGAUGAUACAGAGGUGAUUGAUUUGAGAAGAGAGAGAUGGGGGCUUGUGUAUCGACCCCAGGGAAGUGUGUUAGGGGGAGAUUCAGGUCGUCGAAGAAGAAGAAUCGUAAGAAGAGGAGGAUUUUGAGGAGGAGAGUGCCCUCUCGGUUUUCUGAUGGAUCGUUGGACAAGGGAGAUAGGCCUGCUCCGCUUGAUCACCUUUCCUCCUUCACCAACGCUGCUUUUCAAGGGAGUAUUGAGGAGGCAUGGUUUGAUUCUAUUGCAAUAUUUGAGUCAUCUGACUGUGAAGAAGAGUUUGAAAGUAUUCCGGAUGAUGCAUGUUCUUUAAAUGGCUUAGAACGUGUAUCUGUAUCAAGUAUUUCAUCUCAAAGAGAUGCUAAUUGUGGAGAACAUUCUGCAUGCAAUUCUGUUAGUGAGGUUGCUAGACAUUCAAAUAGUCUCGUCUUCAAUUCAGACAACGUUGAUUCCCAGUCAAAAUCUGAUGGGCCUUCUAAUGAAGCAAAGCAGCCUGUAUUUGUUGAUGAUAUCUCAUCCUCUGUAGAUGAAGGUGCUGACAAGGAGGAAGGAUUGUUGGAUAAUUGUGGCAUUCUUCCAAGCAAUUGUUUACCAUGUCUUGCAUCUACUGUUCCACCAGUUGAGAAGAGAAGAUCUUCAUGCUCUAGUCCCCCCAGUGUAAAGAAAAAGGCUGCCUUAAAACUUUCCUUUAAGUGGAGGGAAGGUCAUUCCAAUUCUGCCCUACUUUCUUCAAAGAAGCUUCUUCAAAGACCUAUCGCUGGUUCUCAAGUACCUUAUUGUCCAGUGGAAAAGAAAAUGCUUGAUUGUUGGUCAGACAUUCAACCAGGUACUUUCAAGGUCCGAGGAGAGAAUUAUUUUAGGGACAAAAAGAAGGAUUUUGCACCCAACCAUGCUGCUUAUUAUCCAUUUGGUGUUGAUGUAUUCUUAAGUCCGCGAAAAAUAGAUCAUAUAGCUCGAUUUGUCGAACUGCCAGUUAUUAGCUCCUCUGGGAAACUCCCACAUAUCCUUGUUGUAAAUGUUCAGUUCUUGUGGGCUGUGCAGAUUCCCUUGUAUCCUGCCGCAAUUUUUCAGGGUGAAUCAGAUGGUGAAGGAAUGAGUUUUGUUUUGUACUUUAAGCUAUCUGAUAGUUACUUUAAGGAACUUCCACCUCAUUUUCAAGAAAAUAUCAGAAAAUUAAUGGAUGAUGAAUUCGAGAAAGUCAGAGGAUUUCCUGUAGACACAAAUGUACCAUUUCGAGAAAGGUUGAAAAUAUUAGGCCGUGUAGUCAAUGUGGAAGAUCUUCAUCUGAGUGCAGCAGAAAGGAAGCUUAUGCAAGCAUACAAUGAAAAGCCUGUUCUUUCACGCCCGCAACAUGAGUUCUACCUGGUAAGUUUGUAGCCAACUGCUCUCUCAUAGGAGAAUGAAGAAAAUGAAGAUUCAAAUGAAGACUUUUAACAGUUGUAAACUCAAAUUUCCAUAGGGGUGCAUCUAAAACAUCCUGUAUAUUACCCCUUUAAAACACAACACAAGAAGCAUUGCUUUACCUAUUCAUGGUUUUAUUUUGUUUCCCGUGGACUUAGGAUAAAAAGUUUUGCAGGGAGAAAAUUAUUUUGAGAUUGAUAUAGACAUGCACAGAUUCAGUUACAUCUCUAGGAAAGGGUUCGAAGCAUUCGUAGACAGAUUAAAGCUCUGCAUCCUGGAUGUAGGCCUCACUAUUCAGGGGAACAAACCUGAAGAGUUGCCAGAGCAGGUCUUAUGUUGUAUUCGAUUAAAUGGCAUUGAUCACAAGAAAUACAAUCAACUGGGCUUAACUCAAGAUGCCCUCUGAUGUUGUAGUUCCCCAAUUGAUGUCAAAGUUUAUAUUUUAAUUUUAAUAAAAAAAACAUUUCUUA